AUGCAAGGACUCCAUCACCAACAGCAGCAACUCGCGGCGUUUCUCUCCGUCGCCAUCCCCAAGGACGAUUCCGCCCUCGCCUGGGUCGACUCCGCCCACAAGAUCCGCUCCCGGGUCGACAAGAUCGGCGGCGAGAACCCCACGUGGAACGAUCGGUUCCUCUUCAAGGUCCCGUCCGCAUUUCUCUCAAGAGAGACCUCUCAUGUCUCCAUCCAGAUCUACGCCGUCGGCUGCUUCAGUGAUCACCUCGUCAGCACCGUCCGACUUCUGAUCAACAACUUUCUCGACGUCCCGUCCAAGGUUCCGUCGGCUGCUUCCGCGAGACCUUCUGGAAGAUUCCAAGGCGUGUUGAAUGUGGCCGCGAUGGUGAUCGACGGCUCGUAUCUGGCUCCGGCGGUGAGCGAGUUGUCUGCGGUCGGGUACCGCGACCUGAUGGGAAAGGGAGAAAGCUUCCGGUGCCGGUGA